AUGAAGCGUGUAGUGGGGAGCCCAGGGACAUGGAGCGGCAUGGCGCUGCGGCUGUCGCAGUGCGUCUGCGCCGCCGCGUCUACCUUCUCCAUGGUCUCCGGCUUCGGCUACUCCAACUACAGCGCCUUCUUCUACUUGAUUGUAGCGUUGAUCCUGCAGAUUAUGUGGAGUUCGCGCCUUGCUUAUAAGGAUAUCUUUGCUCUAAGGAAUAAAAAGGAUCUUCACACCCGGGAUAAUCUAUUGUUCAUUGUUAUAGUUGACUGGGUCAUGGCGAUUUUCAUGUUCUCAGCAGCCUGUGCCUCCGCGAGCCUGACAAUUUUCCUCAUGUGGGAUGUGAACUUCUGCGGGACAUACUCGCGGCUGGCCUGCCAGCAGUUUGCGCUUUCGGUCGUCCUGGCGUUCAUCACGUGGUUGCUGCAAGCUGCGUCUUCUUUCUCCGUGUUCUGGCUACUGGUUUCGUUCUACUAG